AUGUGGGAAAGUAAGCAGUAUGCAGUCGCAAGGGGGACCACUGGCCAGCAGAUUCGGGCGUCUGGCCAAGAUCCGGGGUUAGACGACAAGGCUGAUCUUCUCUUGGGGCUGCAAACAAGGGAUAGAAAAAAAAGCGCGUCGCUGGGUAUCUCCGGAAUGAAGGACGCCGAGGACGGAUGGGGUAUUAGGUUGACAGCGAACUACUACGAAGUUCUCUACGGAUUUAAAUACAACUGCCGCAUGCAGCGAAAGGGCAGGAGCGCAAAGGUGAAGUUCCGGGGGAAAGAAGGAGGAUUGAGUUUGUACGACGAUGAGAUCAUCAUCGCGCCGAGAGCGAUGAAGUCAAGGGCGGACGCGCCAGCUCAAGAUCUGGCCCGCCAUCCACUCAGGAUCGGCGCUACGAGCCUGGAUGUUGCGCGGAUCAUCCCUACGACUCCCUACUUUAGCCCUUCUGGCGAGUCGUCGAGCUGGGCCAGCUGGUUUCCAUGGGAAAAGGGACGGGUUUCCAAGGAGGCUCGAGAAGUUCAGUAUGUCAAGCGUGUACUUGACGCGUGUCUUUCAGCCCAUGUAGUCUUUCCUUUCCUCUCCAUUGCGGACCACACUCUUGGCCAACGAUUGGCCGGUAGAUCACUAAAAGGCACCAGCAUCGCUUACGUUCAGGUUCAAAUCCCGACCUACAUUUACCGAGUACGGAGGAUUGAUGUUCCCGUGCAGUUUCUCGAAUGCUCAUCGGUUUUGGGGGGGGGGAGAGAGAAAAUGGAGAGAUGCUAG